CUUUGACCAUUUUUUUUCACUGAAGAUCGUUCCCAUUGCUGCAUCAUGUGUGAGGAAAAUGCAUUCAAAUUGGUGUUCUAGGUUCAGGUCUAGCAACUGGUUGAAUGUUGACUUGGUCAAUCAACGGAGGAUUGGUGCUGGCCAGCUAAUCACAAAGAACGUUGGUGAAAGGGAGGAAAACAAAAACUGACUGGAAUUUUAAAGCUUUUGGGCAUUCAUGUGGAAAUGCACAUCCUGAUCCUGGAAUCGCAUAGGAAUAUUACUGGCUGCAGUCCCAGAUUAUAUGAGGAUGCAUUAGUAUACUUUCAAGUGUUGAUGGUGUAAAUAGGCUAUUCAUCUGGAGGACAGACUGAAGAAAAGGAGACUCCAGCAACAAAUUUCCAGUUUUGCUUGAGAACCUUCUCCCCACCACCUAACAUCUAUCAUCAGGGCAAAACUAAAAUGGAAAGUGAUGAUGACCCUUUGGUGCAGCAUCUGUGGCUGGAGGAAGAAGAAGACAAUGUGUUGGUAAACUCUUACAGAGGUCAAAGGCUGUGCAAGAAAUGCCACUGUAACUUUAAAAGAUUAUUCUAUGAUUUGCAAGUUAAAGGUUUUUGGGGAGUGGUUGGGUGGAUAUUUACUAACCCAUAUUGCACUGCCUUAAUAUUAGUAAUAGGUUGCAUAAUCCCAACAAUUCUGACUGUUGUUAUGCUUUUGCAUUGUUCUGCCCUCGAUAUUGAUAUAUCCUACAAUGCCUUUGAGAUUCGUAACCAUGUAUCCUCACUGCGCUUUGAUGCACUGACGCUUGCUUUAAAAUCACAGUUUGGGUCUUGGGGGAGGAACAGACGUGAUUUGGCUGAGUACACAUCUGCUACAUUAGAAAAACUCAUCAAAGAAGAGCUGCAAAAACUGCACAAUAAUUCUUCUCAGCCAGUCGAUGCCUCCCAUGUCAAAAACAUUUACAAAUCAGGUGAAGCGCAGAGACCUGAUGGAAUUCACCUGAGCAAAAGAGACUUGUUCUCACAACCUGUGACCAAAAGGAGCCAUGAUAAAUACAAAAUGCGGAAAGCAAGAGCAGUGUCACACAAGAGCUAUCCAAACACUUACAUUAAUGGAGAUACUCAAACACAUGCAUUAUGGAGGAUGGAGCUUGUAUUUCUAGCAAGAGGUGAUGAUGAAAGGAAUAUUUUCACGAAAGAACGUUUAUUGACAAUUCAUGACAUUGAGAAGAAAGUCAUGGACCAUCCUAGGUUUCGAGAAUUUUGCUGGAAACCUCAUGAAGUCCUCAAGGACAUGCCACUUGGUUCAUAUUCUUAUUGCUCGCCUCCCAGUUCCCUCAUGACCUAUUUUUUUCCAACAGCACAAGGUGGAAGGAUUUACUACGAUGGAAUGGGACAAAAGUUGGCAGAUAUUCAUGGCUCACUCAAGCUGGCUAUUACUCAUCCUGAAUUUUACUGGUAUGUUGAUGAGGGACUAACAGUUGAAAACAUGAAAAGCUCCCUGCUUCGUAGUGAGAUCCUGUUUGGAGCCCCACUUCCCAAUUACUACUCAGUGGAUGACCGAUGGGAAGAGCAGCACAGAAAGUUUCAGAAGUUUGUGAUCUCUUAUGCUGAUCUUUUGGCCUCACAAUCCACCAAGAAAGUGCAAGUCCUCUAUGGUGGAACAGACCUGUUUGACUAUGAAGUACGACGAACAUUUAAGAACGAUAUGUUGCUGGCUUUUAUCAGCAGUGGAUGUAUAGCAGUUCUGGUGUAUAUUCUCACCUCAUUUUCAGCCUUUCUGACGUUCUUUGGAAUUGCCAGUAUUGGUUUGAGCUGCCUGGUUGCCCUGUUUCUAUACCAUGUAGUAUUUGGUAUCCAGUACCUGGGCAUCUUAAAUGGAGUAGCAGCGUUUGUCAUUGUGGGUAUUGGGGUGGAUGAUGUAUUUGUGUUCAUCAACACUUUCCGGCAAGCAAGCCACCUUCGUAACCCACAGGAAAGAAUGAUUCAUACCAUUAAAACAGCAGGGAAAGCCACCUUCUUCACCUCAUUCACCACAGCAGCUGCCUAUGCAGCAAAUAUAUUUUCCCAGAUCCCAGCUGUCCAUGACUUUGGACUGUUCAUGUCUUUGAUAGUUGCUUGCUGCUGGAUGGCUGUUCUGUUCCUUAUGCCAGCAGCACUCUGUAUAUGGAGUCUGUACAUCUCACCUCUGGAAGUAUCCUGCUGCUCCAGCUGCCAAAGUAUGUGUAAGAAGAAAGAUAGCAACACAACCCAGAAUUCAGGAGAGUGUGAUCAAUCACUUCUAGUCACAGACCAGGAUUUAUUGGUGAUUGGUGGGAUACUUCAGUACUUGGAUGAUGAUAUUCCUCUUCUAUCCAUUGAUGAAGAAGCAGGUGUUUCCUUUCUUCCUGGAGCUUCAUUAGACAAUGGGGAUGUGCCUUUGGUUUCACUGGUGCCUGAGGCACCUCCACCUGAAGAUGGAAGACAUAAUCCUGGUCAACUGAUAACAAGACUGCAAGAUGUACUUUACCACUUUGUUGCGCUUCCUGCAGUAAAGAGUAAAUGGGUCAUUUUAGGCCUUUAUAUCAUUACCCUGGUGAUGUCCAUAGGAUUUGCAACCCAACUGCGAGCUGCCAGCAGAGCACCAUUGCUGUUCAGUCCUGAUACCAACAUUCAGGUCCUCCUCGAUCUUAAGUAUAAUCUCAGUGCAGAGGGCAUUUCCUGCAUCACAUGCUCAGGUGUGUUUCAGGAAAAGCCGCAACCUCUGCUAAAUAACAUGCGAACAUCUUCAGACAAGAAGAAACGAGGAGAGAAUCUCCCAUGGAAUAAACGAGGUGCCUUACGGACUGUUUAUGUCACCAAGUAUGAAGAUGAUGUCCAACCUGCCAUCUACAGAUUUUCUUUGGAUUCCUCUGUUCCAUGGCCAUGGCAUUUGCCAUCAACAAAGAAUGGGGAGAUCCCAUCAUUUAAAGUUUACACAGCACCCUACGGUAAUUUUACAAAGAAGCUGACAGUUUGCUCUUCCAUUGUUGGGUUGCCAAGUCCCAAGUGUCCAAAGAAAUGGAUGAUCACAUCAUUAUCAUGCAAUAAAAAGAAAGGCUGGAAUCUUGAUUUCCAUUUCUAUGCAGCAGCCACUAAACAACGUCACACUCAGAAGCUGUACUUUGCUCAGCUGCGGAAGACUCCCUAUCACAGUCGUAUCUGCUUAGCACCACCUGGCUGCAUCCUUAGUGCCGGACCCAAUGGUCCAAAUAAAGGAUUUUUCUAUGUUCCUGAUGAGAAAGUCUCGAACGUUGAGGAAGCUCCAACAUUUGAUUUCAAUCCCUGCAUGAACGAUGGCUGUGGGAAGCCAGCAGUGCGUCCUCUAGUGGACACAGGUGCUAUGGUCUUCGUUGUGUUUGGGAUUUUGGGAGUGAAUCGCACAAGAAAGCAAGAUAAUCAUGUGAUAGCAGAUAUGGGCAGUGUCAUCUACGAUGAGAGUUUUGACCUGUUCCAAGAAAUUGGAAAUCUGUGUAAGAUUUGCAAAGCUAUCAGCAGUAAUUCGGAAUUGGUGAAGCCAGGAGGUGCUCAGUGUUUACCUUCAGGUUACAGUAUUUCAACCUUCGUGCAAAUGUUACAUCCAGAAUGUAAGAGCAUUCCAGAGCCUAACUUGCUUCCUGGACAACUGUCUCAUGGUGCUGUUGGAGUAAAAGAUGGCAAAGUCCAGUGGAUUUCAAUGGCCUUUGAAUCUACAACUUAUAAAGGAAAGUCAUCAUUUCAGACAUAUGCAGACUAUUUGAAAUGGGAGAACUACCUUCAAGAGCAGUUACAUCAGUUUUCGGAACAAUCAUCACUACGUCAUGGAUUCCAGACUUGCGAGCACUGGAAACAGAUAUUCAUGGAAAUAAUAGGUGUUCAGAGUGCAUUAUAUAGCUUGAUUCUCUCCCUGAUAAUUUGUGUUGCUGCAGUCGCUAUUUUUACCACCCAUGUUCUACUCCUUUUACCAGUCUUGCUGACCAUUCUAGGUGUUAUCUGCUUGAUGGUUGCCAUCAUGUAUUGGUUUAGCUGGGAGAUGGGAGCUGUGGAAGCCAUCUCUCUGUCCAUCCUAGUGGGCUCUUCUGUGGAUUAUUGUGUCCAUCUUGUCGAGGGUUACCUACUAGCAGGAGAAAACCUUCCAAUAACUGAGACCGACGAUAAAUCCAAAAUGGGGAAGUGGAGAACUCUAGCUGCUGUGAGCCAUGUUGGUGUUGCCAUUGUGUCCAGUGCCAUCACUACAGUCAUAGCAACUAUCCCCCUCUUCUUUUGCAUCAUCACACCAUUUGCCAAGUUUGGGAAGAUUGUUGCCCUGAACACCGGCAUCUCUAUGUUCUACACCUUGACAGUCAACACGGCUCUGCUCAGCAUCCUGGCUCCAAGUGACUUCUAUCGCUCAAGGAGAUCUUUAAUUAAAGCAGUCCUGGGAGUAGUGGCCAUAGGAGGUGGAGGAUUCUGUGUCUGCCUUGUAUUGAUUAAAUUGGGAUUCAAAAUUCCUCUCCCCAAUGGAUCAACACUGUAAUUUAUUUAUACUACUUUAAUACAAGAGACAACAGAAAUAAUGUUUUAAAAAAGGGAACUUCAUCACAAUGCAAAAACUGGGACUAUUGCCACUUUUUUUGUAUCAGUUGUUUCUUUCCUUUGUAUGGCAGAUGAUUGCUGACUUGGUGAAGCUAUAAGUAAUGACCUAACUGCAAGCAAUGGUGUGAGUGCAGCUUUUCCUGCUGUUUAGAUGUACAACUAUGGUCAAACUCUUUAUGAUUUUCCACUAUUUGUAAGGAAAGCAUUGAAACAAAUGAAAAUGCAUUCUGAGAGCAACAGGUUCUAUAUAUGUGGUAGACAUACUUUGCGCAUAAUUGUAAGGAAAUCUGUUCAUUGCUGCGCUUUUCUAGCAACACAUUUUCAGCUAUAAUCAUGGAGGGCAUGACCAUUUCACCACCAGUCUUUUCCCAACACCGUGAAGAAAUAUCAUGUGAAAGACCAACUAAGAAAAUUUGGUUCCCAACUGAAAUUCAGUGAUAUGGGUCAUUGAAACUCAAUCCUCCAAGCUCUGGGUUAAAGUGAAAUUCAGUUUUUGAAUAACUUUUCCAUGAGUUAUUUUUCUUUUUUACUUCUUACUCUUUUUUUUAUUCUCCAGUUUCUCUCAUUCGCUCCUUGUCGCCCAGUGGGCGGCACGGUGGCACAGUGGUUAGCACUGCUGCCUCGCAGUGCCAGAGACUCGGGUUCAAUUCCCGCC